UUCCUAGCAUGCCUUAUUGUUGUAACCUUGUAGGCUCAUCGGGUGAAAAGAAGUAGUUACAGCUGGUGACGUCAUUGGGCAGAACGUUAAAAAGUGACCCAUUAUUUAAGAAAAGCCACACCAUGAUGACGUUAAAGAAGCAUAGCGCAAGCACCGUACUUAUUCAAAUGAGUAGGGAUUAUUUACGAUAUAAGCGGGUUUAAACCAUUAAUGUUCAAUGGCUGCACCCGGGGCAAAUUAUCACAUGGUGUCAUACGACAAUUUGCCCCAGGUGCGAUACCUUGUUACCUUGAUAAACGAAAUGUACCAGUUUUUUGUAUAUUACACUACACAAGCUUUAAAACAGUGUGAUUUAGUCGCACCAAGGACGCUUUUAACGGGCGCAGUUCAAAAAAUGAUCGUAAAGUGCUGGUUGUGAAGAGUCUUAUGUUGGAAAGCAGCCAGACUAGUAGAUAAACAAAGCCACCUACUCAUAUUUCGUCCAAAAUAUCUUUAAAUUAAUAAAAUAACCAUUUUCAUUCAUAGAAAAAGGCAAAACGAGUAUAGUUAAUAACAUAACAUAACAUCAAAUGCAUGUAUUACUCUUGCUGACGUCACGAUAUUUAUCUUAACGGUUUUUGACGUCAUGACUAUUAAAUGUCCUUGACGUCACAAAGGUCAUGAAACUUAAACACAAGGACACCAGACAAAUGUCACUUCCUGUAAGAUAAGCUUAACAAUUGUUUGUGAGGUUAUUUUGUAAGAGGAUAUAUUUUUCAAACUGGCUUCAACUACCGAAUCACAAUCAGUUCAGUUCUAAAACUUCAGUAUGCAGCCAACCAAAUCAAUUGCCGUCAUGUGUCUCGUCUAUUUGUCAGUGUCAGCAUUGUACCAAUUCUAUCUCAAGGACAACGAUUGGGUCACUUCGAGACCACGCCCUAAGCCUGCUGUGUUCCAAAGGACCAUGACGAUCACACAGAAUGUAAAUGUAAAGAAUAGCAAACAGCACAUGGAUUUGGUCAUUUCAAGGCCACGACCUAAGCCUGGGGUAUUCCAAAAAACCAUGACGAUUACCAAGAAUUCUACCUUUAAAAUCAAUGUAAAGAAUGUGUCGAAUUCAUUGGUUGUCGGGAAGCCUUCUUUAAAAAGUACUGAUCAACGUGUUGGAUCCUGCACCAACGUGUCUGAAUCUAACAACAGGAACAAGUUAUCAAGCAAAGAAAUCUGUGAUCAGCCUCACACUAAUGUAGCCUUCCUGAAGGUUCACAAAUGCGGCUCUACUACAGUAGCGAACCUGAUGUUUCGGUUUGGUGACAAACACAACUUGAUUGUUGCUCUGCCGCCGAAGAGGGACCGCCCCACCAUAGGCAGGUUGGGAACAAUAAAAGACAGUGACUAUAAGCAUCCACCUGGCGGAAAGCGGUGGAACAUCUUCGCCCACCACGCUAUGUACGAUAGGACACGCUUUCACCAACUCAUGGCUCCUGAUACACGGUAUGUCACCAUUCUACGAGAACCCUUAGGACGGCUCCAGUCUGCCUUCAAGUACUUUCAUCUGCAACGGUAUUUUCCAGGACUUGAAAAAGAAACUCGGCGUGGAAUGCCUCCUGUUGUAACGUACCUUACCAGACCAGAGUACUGGGAUCCACGAUACCGGCCACCCAGAAGGUCAGAAAACAAGGAACAUUUCUGCUUCAGAAACUGCAUGGCUCGAGAUUUGGGUCUCAAAGAGAAAGAUUAUGACAACAAGAUUGCUGUACAAAAGUUCGUAAAAGACAUAGAAAACGAUUUCUCAACGGUGCUGAUCUUACAACAUCUGGAAGAGUCUUUAGUUUUACUCAAACGACGGAUGUGUUGGACGUUUCACGACAUUCUCUACACGUAUGGACGAUCUUCGAGAAAGCAACGCUACAAUCGGAAGGUGCCCAUCACAGCGGCUAUGACUGACAGGUUUUACAAGCACAACAACGCCGAUGUCAUGUUGUACACUCGUUUUAACGACUUGCUCCAACAAGAUAUCAAGAGAGAAGGUGACGAUUUUCUACGAGAGGUGAAAUACUUCAAGCGCGUUAACAACGAUGUGAAGCGCUAUUGCCGUUCUAAGAAAAGGAAAGGGCAAGGGAAAAUGGUCAUUACUAGAAGCAGAUGGAAUGACGCUUUCUCUGUUGACAGCACAUUUUGUGGACGUUAUGGAAAGGGUCGAAAAUAUUGGCAUCCAAGACUACAAUCAGCGUAUCAUUCGAAAUCAGCAAAUGAAAUUAAUAUACAUUAUAUACAUGAUCAAGGAGUGUGGAUUAUGUGGUGGGAAAAGAUAAGCAAUGAAUUGAGCCUCCACCAGGUCUACGUAGGUAUGAAUCAUAGAGUGGUGAGAAGGUGAAUUUUCGGAUAGAGUCAGACUUAUAGCUUACAACUGACCGGUCAAAGCCUACUGUGGCGCACUCCCUUGAGACACUAUCCUUCAUAAAGUAAGGGUCAGGUAGGCAAAGGAGUGGAUGAAAAGGCAAUACCAGAGAAUGGACAGGCAUAGCAGUCACUGCAAAACCAAGAAAACAGAAUGCCAAGACGAUAUUCUAUUGUGCUCUAAUUUUUAAAUACUAAGGAUUAGAUGAUAUGAGAUGAGAUAGCCAGCGCUGUUCGUCUAAUAAAGAGAGAGCAAUGUAUUAUUUAAGCUUUCCCGAGCAAAAUAUGCCUAGCGUAUACAACGAUAAAUUACUUUCACAUAUACACAUAGGCAUCUCUAUACAACAAUAAAUGGAACAUUUAUAGCUAAAUGAUACUGGAUAUAAGGUUAUAGCCCUAUAGUGUUCUGCCUAAGUCUUGUAAAAGUAAAACAACGUCUACACUGAUAGUGAAUAGAGUUAUUUAGACCAAGUAGUUGAAUUCUUAGUUCCUUAGUGUACUACUUUAAUCGAUCAACUUUAUCCAAUGAUAAAGAAAUGGUUUGAAUAGCAA